AUGGGACCUAAAACAGCUGAAGCGCAGUUUGAAAAAACAAGACUGAUAGCCACCCUUGUUAUGCUGCUCUGCUUUGCCUUAACUCUUUGUGCAGUGUUUUGGUGGCAUAAAAAAGGGCUGGCUAUCAUCUUCUGUAUUCUGCAGUUUUUGGCAAUGACGUGGUAUAGCAUCUCUUACAUUCCAUUUGCCAGGGAUGCUGUGAUGAAAUGCUUCACAACCUGUCUGAGUUAGGACUCCUUAAUCCACAAUUUGGGAAGACUGGUCCUAAUAUUGAAACUGUAAGGAACAGUGGCUCUGUAAAAUAUGCAUCUUUUGUUGUUUAUACAAUAUAUCUCCAGAUUUUACUAUGGCUUGUUCAAUACUGUGAAUCCUCGCUUUUUAAGUCUAACUGAAGGUCUAUAACUAUAAUCAGAUUAUAUCACUUAUCUUUUGCUUCUAAAGUGAAAGAAGUGCCUUUUAAUAUAUUUAAAAGAUUUUAUACCAAUUACUGUAAGUGCAGGGAAAUUAUUUUGACUUUGCUAUAAUUAACAACACAAGUGUCCUCAUAUGAAUGAAUAGGUUCGAUGUCGACAUUGACCAACCAUACAUGACAACCAUAUGCAUUUAACAGUGUGAAAUUCCAUUUUCCAUUUUUAAACGGUGUUCUGACUUCUUACAAGCAUCAUUAAAACAGUUGGCCUUUGCUCCUUCUGUCUGUGUGCGAGGCACUGAUACAUGAAGAGGCUCUCAGAUGCUAUUCCAGAUAGAUAGAUAGAUAGAUAGAUAGAUAGAUAGAUAGAUAGAUAGAUAGAUAGAUAGAUAGAUAGAUAGAAAGAAUUAUCUUAGGCAAAUGAGGCACUACUUCACUGAUGAUGCACUGGGAUAUAUGAUACCCACAGGUCUUUUGAGUUUAUCCAGCUAAAUAUAUUAAAAAGCAGCUCCUGUCUAGUCUGUUCAUCUGUAUGCGUGUUUGAACACACCUGCCCCCCCUUAGCUCAAUAAAUUACAUUAAAAUGACUUCUCCUCUUUAAAUUUGAUUUCCUGCCAGAUGAAGCAGUGACCCCCGUUAGUUGCGCUUUUCUGAGCAUUGUGAUUUUGAUGUGACCUAAUAACCCAGAAUAGCUUGCAUUGAGUUCCCUAUAUUGCUUUGGCAUGAUGGCAUAGCCUUUGAGGAUGCGGUUGUCAUGACAACCUCCCCUGGAAGAUGCCUAACCUCAGCCUUCCCCCCAUCUGUGGUGCAAUGUUCACAUUAUCCUGAGGAAGUGUGCUGUUUUAAUUUUAUAGAAUACCUUGGACCGGCAGUCAGUCAUUGUUAUAAAAAAAUAUAUUUUAAAAACUGUAUUAUGCAUCCUGUUUUCCUGUGUCUUAGCUGCAGGAUUUGUUCAAGGUUUAAUAUGCCUCCACGUUUUCUUUCUGCUUGAUGCGACUAAAUAACAGGAUUUCACUUCCUGUUGUGCAGCCCCCACAGCUUGAUUAGACGCUUGUAUAACGUGGUGGUGGAUUAGCACGGAUAAAAUCUCCCCUCUAUACUACUUGUUCAACUAACUUGGCAGACACCCAGCAAAUCCUUGAGCAAUUAAUCUAAGGGAUGAAAUAAUUCUGUUGAGUGAAGCUUGUUUUUGUGAUCGGUUUUCUUUGCCUGCUAUUUUUGGAUUACGGCAAAGUUUAAGGAUGGAGGGGAAGUACCCUGACCUCAGCAAGCAAUCUGUUAUUCUCCCAACUGUUUCCUUUUUUAUUACAUCUAAUCCAUUGUAAAGUCAGAGAGGAGAGGGAUCCCACGCCACAACAACCACUUAUUUAAAACAAGCCUGUGUUCCCCUUCGCCCUAUUUCUCCAGCUCAUCUUGAAAAAAAUAAUCUAUAACUCUGUGCCUUUUUUGGGGGGGGGGGGAUUAUUCCAAGAGUGAGUCAGUGGACUGUUGGCCUAAAUUGUGUUUUGGUUUUGUUGGAAAAUGUUGAGCUACUGAAACACAGCUCUAGUCUGCAUUGUGGAGAAAUUCAAACAAAACAUGUUUGAAAUUAUGAACUGCCAUUGGCACAACGAUGCACAUUAAAAUGUUAUUUCCUGUCUUUAAAACAAUUUUACUUCGUACAGUAUAGUGGAAAAAUAUUUCCUUCACUUAUACAUCCUAUUGAUAUAGACAGAGUAACUAAAUAAUAAAUGGCAAACUGUAAACUCAACGUCCUCAGGCAAUUUCAAAUAAACAGUCUACAAAUA